AUGUUUUGUACGGUGAUGAGCCUCUUGGGAAUGAUUGAAUAUUUCCUGGUACGUUAUUGUACUACAUCAAUAUCUACUCCAACUGAUAUCCAUUCAACAAAAAAACAUAUAUUAAAACUGUUUGUCUCAUGUAUGGCAAUUGGAGAUCUUAUUCAUAUGUUUUCAUUUUUAAAUUAUCAUUUGACAUAUGGUUCAUCACUACAAUUAAGCUCAAUUGGAAAUUUGUAUGGAUCGAUUGGUCUUUUUCUCGCUAGAGCAGUGUUUUUAUGGUUAAAUUACCCAAAUGAGAAGACAAAACAAAAAGAGAAAUAA